GAUCGUCGCAUUCUCGCGGUCGCUGGACCGAAGAGGGGUUGAGAUAACAUAUGCCAUGUUCCUCAAAUGUUGCUUGUCAAAUGAAUCGGCUGGUGUCCCAAGCCUGUCCACGACUCUUGGACCUCAACAUCAUCCUACAAUUCUCGACUGUAUCAUCCUGAGGAGCCCAACUCCGCUGCUGUCGACCUCCUCGCCUUUGGCACACGCCAGAAAUACGAAACAAGAACAAUCAUGUCAUACCCGGUUCUUGGACUCGCCAUUGCGGCCGUCGUCUGGGUCGCCGUCCAGGCAUUAUCCAAGACUGACAUGCCCAAGAUCAAAGGCCUCCCCGAAAUCCCGGGCGUCCCCAUUUUCGGCAACCUGUUCCAGCUGGGCGUCGACCACGCUCGAGUGACGAAGAAGCUCGCCGAAAAGUACGGGCCCGUGUUCCAGACUCGCCUGGGUACAAAGCGAGUAAUCUUCGUCAACAGCUACGACACUGUCCGCCACUUCUGGAUCACCAACCAGUCCGCCCUCAUCUCGCGGCCGACAUUCCACACGUUCCACUCCGUGGUCUCGACCUCGCAGGGCUUCACGAUCGGCACGUCGCCGUGGGACGAGUCGUGCAAGAAGCGCCGCAAGGCCGCGGGCACGGCGCUCAACCGCCCCGCCGUGCAGUCGUACAUGCCCAUCCUGGACCUCGAGUCGACGGCGUCGAUCCGGGAGCUGCUCGACGACUGCGCCUCGGGCACCCGCGACAUCGACCCGGGCCCUUACUUUGCGCGGUUCGCGCUCAACACGUCGCUCACGCUCAACUACGGGUUCCGGAUCGACGGGACCGUGGACAGCGCGCUGCUGCGCGAGAUUACGCACGUGGAGCGCGAGAUCUCGCACCUGCGCAGCACGAGCAACAACUGGCAGGACUACGUGCCGCUGCUGCGGCUCUGGGGCGCGCAGAACCCAAAGGCCAAGGAGUACCGCGCCCGCAGGGACAAGUACCUCGGCGACAUGCUGCAGGACCUGAAAGAGCGCAUCGCAAGGGGUAUCGACAAGCCCUGCAUCACGGGAAACAUCCUCAAGGACCCGGAGGCCAGGCUCAACGAGGCCGAGCUCAAGUCCAUCUGCCUGACUAUGGUCUCGGCAGGGCUCGACACGGUGCCGGGGAAUCUGGUCAUGGGCCUGGCGUACCUGUCCACGCCGCACGGGCAGGAGAUCCAGGACAAAGCACUGCAGGAGAUUAUGAAGGUCUACCCGGAGGGCAACGCGUGGGAGAUGUGCCUGCACGAGGAGAAGGUGCCGUAUGUCACUGCGCUCGUCAAGGAGACGCUCCGGUUCUGGACCGUCAUCCCCAUCUGCCUGCCCCGGACUAGCAUCAGGGAUAUUACCUGGGAGGGUGUCACUAUCCCAGCCGGCGCCACAUUCUUCAUGAACGCCUACGCAGCAGACUACGACACCGCGCGCUUCGCCGACCCGCACCAGUUCCAGCCCGAGCGCUUCCUCAGCGACACGUCCACCUCGGAGGGCGUGGGCUCCCAGGGCGGCGGCACCCCGCACUACGCGUACGGCGCGGGCUCCCGCAUGUGCGCGGGCACGCACCUGGCCAACCGGGAGCUGUACACGGCGUACAUCCGGCUCAUCAGCGCGUUCCGGGUCGUCGAGAGCAGGAGAGUCGAGGACCGCCCGGUUAUUGACGCGAUCGAGUGCAACCUCGUGGCGACGAGCCUGACGACGGACCCAAAGCCGUUCAAGGUCGGGCUGGUGCCGCGGGACGAGAAGAAGCUCCGGGAGUGGAUCAGGAGGUCCGAGGAGGCUACGGAGGGGUUGUGAGGUUGGCAGUUUCGCUCAGAGGUCGUGUCGGGAACUCGGGGGAAUCGAGAGUAUAUCGUCAGGAAGUCGAACAGGAAAGCAAAAGUUGGGCAUGAAAUAAACCAGGUGUUCGUUCUCACGAUGCUGAGUAUUCAAUGAAUUACCUAUCCGAGCAGGUAAACAGUAGGGCUAGAAGGAAAGCAGGAUUCUAAAAUUUAAUAGCUAGGCAAGUAGCAACUCUCCAAAGCUGCUGUGAUGGUCGUAAUCUUGAAUCGACCGUAGAAACU